UGCAACUCUUUCUUCUUGAACCUCCGAAAUCUCUUCAUCUUCUUCUGCUCGAUCUCGUGCUAUCAUCUAAUACGCUGCGUUUAGAGUUCCCAUUUUGAAAAUAACACAUGCUGAUUUUCUCUACAUAUUCCUCUUCGUUACCAUAAAAAUUUGCAAUUCGCGAUUUGUGGAUCCGUGCUGUUCCGCGUCUUCACGGCGAGCUUGAGUGGUGAUCGGAGGUUGAAUAGCUCCGGCAGUCGCAGAGGCGGCUGCGACGGUGGCGCCGUUUCUGGUUGGAGGAGGAGGAGGAGGAGCUGGAAUGGGGAGGAAAGGUCGAUAGUUUGGAUCGAAUUUUGUGGGGAGUAGAAUGCUGUAUUUGAAGCAACCUAACCUUUUUCAGAGCAUGGAGUUGUUCGAUUUUGUUGUAUCUGUUUUUAUGCAUUAUUGUUGUGGUUCCUCGUGUUAGGUGGUGAUUGUGUGUGAGAAAUUUUGGUGGCCACAUUUUGCAUGCGAUUUUGAUGGUUUCCCUCUGAGCCUGAGGCUCGGGGGAUCUGAAUAAUUGGGAGAAGGAGAAGCCAUGGCGUCCUCAGAGAAUGAGCCUUCCUCGCACUCUCUUCCUGCACAUACCUGUAUGUGCAAGUUUAGGCUAUACGAGACUCUAUCGAACUUUUACAUGAUAGGAAGGGACAAUAGCAGGACAUAUUGGAGGGUGUUAAAGAUUGACCGGCUAGAUCCUUCCGUGCUAAAUGUGCGUGAAGAUUCGACCAUAUAUACAGAAAGUGAAUGUUCUGACCUGUUGAGGCGUAUACAUGAGGGGAACAAGUCCACCGGUGGACUGAAAUUUGUUACAACUUGUUAUGGAAUUGUUGGGUUCAUAAAAUUUUUGGGGCCUUACUACAUGCUACUUAUCACAAAAAGAAGGAAAAUUGGUGCAAUCUGUGGUCAUACAGUAUAUGCUGUCUCGAAGAGUGAGAUGAUUCCACUACGAAAUUCUUCGGUUCAGUCCAACAUCACCAAUUAUAAAAAUGAAAACAGAUACAAGAAGCUCCUAUGCAUGGUCGACCUUACAAAGGACUUCUUUUUCAGCUACUCAUACCACAUAAUGCGUAGUCUUCAAAGGAACUUGUGUGAUAAUGAGACAGGCCAUGUGCUUUAUGAGACCAUGUUUGUCUGGAAUGAAUAUUUGACUCGAGGAAUUAGGAAUCACCUCCAGAACACUCUUUGGACAGUUGCACUGGUGUACGGCUUUUUUAAACAGGACACACUUACAAUAUCUGGGCGGGAGGUCAUCCUCACGCUCAUCGCAAGACGGUCACGUCACUAUGCUGGCACUAGGUAUUUGAGACGAGGUGUUAAUGAGAAGGGCAGAGUAGCUAAUGAUGUUGAGACGGAACAAAUUGUAUUUGAGGAUGUUCCUGAUGGUCUCCCGGUCCAGAUAAGCUCUGUUGUUCAGAACCGGGGAUCGAUCCCUCUUUUCUGGUCACAGGAAACUUCACGUCUAAAUCUUAAGCCAGAUAUUAUAUUGUCAAAGAAGGAUCCAAACUAUCAAGCCACCAGACUUCACUUUGAAAAUCUUGUCAAAAGAUAUGGGAAUCCUAUAAUAAUUUUGAAUUUGAUAAAGACACAUGAGAGGAAGCCUCGUGAGUCCAUACUUCGUUCAGAGUUUGGUAAUGCCAUUGAUUUCAUUAACAAAGAUUUAUCAGAGGAGAACAGACUUAGAUUCCUUCACUGGGAUCUGCACAAACAUUUUCGGAGCAAAUCUACAAAUGUUUUGCUCCUUCUGGGCAAAGUGGCGGCAUAUGCCUUGACAUUAACAGGUUUUUUCUACUGCCAAAUGACACCGACUUUUAGACCAGAAGACUGUAUACAAUGGCCAUCUACUGAUUUUGCAAACGGCAAUGUUGAUAAUGGAAGCUUUCAACCUACAAGACAUGUUGGUAUUGACAAUGAGGAUGCUAAUAAUUUAGAGAGGAAACCUAGUGGAGGAAAGAAUGUUGCUAAUGGAAACCAUUCGGUUAGGCCACCCAUGUUGCAGAAGGGGGUGCUCAGGACCAAUUGCAUUGACUGCUUAGAUCGUACAAAUGUUGCACAAUAUGCAUAUGGGUUGGCUGCUCUUGGUCGCCAACUCCAUGCUCUAGGAAUUAUUGACGACCCAAAAAUUGAUGUUGACGAUCCUCUAGGUGAUGAUUUGAUGGGAUUUUAUGAGCGGAUGGGUGACACACUCGCACAUCAGUAUGGUGGUUCUGCUGCACACAACAAGAUAUUCUCUGAGAGGAGGGGACAAUGGAGAGCUGCAACAGAGUCUCAGGAGUUUUUUAGGACUCUUCAACGAUAUUACAACAAUGCUUAUAUGGAUGCUGAGAAGCAAAAUGCAAUUAACGUCUUCCUUGGGCAUUUUCAGCCACAACAAGGUAAGCCUGCUCUAUGGGAGUUGGGUUCAGAUCAACAUUAUGAUGUAGGAAGGCAUGGGGAUGACGAUGCAAGGUCAAUUGUCAAAAGAUGUUUCUCGGAUGGAAACAUUCUUCGUGACAGUUCUACAUCUAUGUCAACCCCAAAUCCCAGGAUGGAAAAAUUCUCAAAGCUAGGUUUGCUGGACCAAUCAGAUGAAAGAAGCAAGGCUUUUUGCGAGUCAUCACCUGAAAUAACAACUUCUGAGAGUGGCAUGUCAUUUUCAAGGUACACUCCCUCAAUGCCUAGGAGACAGCUGUUUGGAGACAUGCAAAGAGAGCGCUUCCUUGAAAGUGAUCAUAUUCUCUAUUCUGAGCAUGGGGAUUCAUUCAGCUGCUCCAACUUUGUUGACCUGGAUUGGCUAUCUUCUUCAGGAAAUUCAUGUGAAGAAGACCCAUGCGAGAGGUCAUCUAUAACCAACUCUCCGAUUGCUUGGCUUUCUUCAGAAAAUGUUGUUGAUGGAGUUAUGGGAGGAGAUGCAACUCCCUCCACUAGUGAUUUGGGCUCCAAACUUAAGGGUAGAGAGCGAACUGGGUCAGAGUUAUCCGACCGUGAUGCACAGUCCAAAGUUCUAGAGGAAUUUCCUGAUACUUUUGUACACUGGGUGACUCAUGGACAGACACUUUGCCAUUGAAGUUUUACACAAUGAUCCUUUGCUUUAAUAUAUUAUGUAAAUUUAUUUAAUUGAGUUUGCUUGCCCUAAAGAUGCUGAUUAGAGGAGAAUGGGGAGAGCUUAUGAUAGAGAAGCGGGUUCAAGUGGGCUUCUCUGUACAAUUAUGAUACAAGAAGAAAAUGAAGGCUUUCUUGGUAUUGAGUUGCAGCAGUAAUUCUGUCAUGAAAAUCUCAAUCAAACCUUAAGGUAUAGUAGGAAAGAAGUAAAUAGCAAACGAUUGUAAAAUUAUUAUUUUUUUCACCUUUGGAGCUCAUCGUCUUCAUUUUUCUUUCAUCAGUUCAUGAUCAUUGUAGGUGCGUUUCUUGUAAAUAUUGUUACACUGCUUGUCUGGGCUCCACUUUUGGAAUUUCAAAUAAUUGAUUCUUUUAAACAAUUUUGCUUCUUGUAAUGUGUAAUUCUUUUUUUUUUUUUGAGACUUGUAAUGUGUAAUUCUGGUCAGCUAUAUCGUACUAACACUGCUAUCCGACUUUACCUAUAGCGGUGAUUCGAGUUUUCUUGUUUUGAA